AUGAGUAAACUGGAAAAUUUUAAAUCAAUAGCUAAAAAAAUUGUUUGUAUUGGAAGAAAUUAUGCCGAGCAUGCUGCUGAGUUAGGAAAUAAAAUUCCUGAUAAACCAAUGAUAUUUGUUAAGACAACAAAUUCAUUAAUUAGUGAAGGAGAAAAAAUUAAAAUUCCUAUUGGAUGUAAUGAUUUACAUCAAGAAGUUGAAUUGGCUGUUAUUUUUAAUAAAACUGUAUCAAAUGUUAAAGAAAUAGAUGCUAUGAAAUAUGUUGGAGGGUAUGCUGUUGCCUUAGAUAUGACAGCAAGAGAUUUUCAAAAUGAAGCUAAGAAAGCUGGUGCACCAUGGUUUUUGGCAAAAUCAUUUGAUACAUCAUGUCCUAUAUCAGAAUAUAUUCCAAAAGAUAAGAUUCCUGAUCCACAUAAUGUUGAGUUAUUCUGUUACAUUAAUGGUAAAGUUCAACAAAAAUUUAUGUCAGUCAAUAUAUAA